AUGUGUGCUAGACGCUCCUUAUCAUUAACAGUUUUUAUUUCUCAACUUUUGUUAAUGGCACUGCUUCUUGUAACUGCUUCAUCUUCGCACGUUGGACAUCAAGCUGCUCCUUCAGUUAUCAAGUCGUCUUCCACUGACAUUGUUGCAGCUAGCCGACUAAAAAGAGCACCAGGCUGGGGCAAAAGAAACGCCCUUCAUCGCGACGAUUUCCUCGAUGGGUCCGAAAGUGCUCUUAGAGAUAUUAAUACUUUAGCAGCAUUAAACACCGUGUCACCUUUCGCUGAAGAAACUGACUUUCUUAGUGAUAAGAGAGCUCCAGGAUGGGGUAAGAGAGCCCCAGGUUGGGGUAAGCGAGCACCUGGAUGGGGUAAAAGAUCUUGCUAUGGAGGCGCAUGUUUGAAUAACUUACCUUCCUUAGGUAGCAAAGGUUUUCUUCCAUUUGGCAAGACUGUUGACAACACCGAGUUCAACAAUGAUGAUUUUGAUACAGAUGAAACUGGACUUGAUUUUACUAAACGUGCUCCUGGAUGGGGUAAAAGAAGUUACCAGUUAGAUUUGGGCGACCAUGAUGCCGAAAGUGACCAAUUUAGGAACUGGGGCAUUAAUACAGGGAGUCAAAGUUUGCUACAGAAAAACGCGGAUGCCGUGAAAAAAUUCAUAAAUACAAUAGGUGCAUUGUCGAGAAAUUCUGUUACGGCAGAUGGAAGUAUGUCAGCAGAAAGGAGAGCUCCAGGCUGGGGAAAGAGAAGCAGGAAGCUAGAGUUCGGUUAUGGAGAUUUAAAUACAGACAAACGGGCUCCCGGAUGGGGUAAGCGUGCCCCUGGAUGGGGCAAAAGAAACUACGACGAUGAAAUAGAUGAUAGCAGUGACGAUAUUCAGAAGCGUGCCCCAGGCUGGGGUAAAAGGGCGCCUGGAUGGGGAAAGAGAGGCAAUGCUUUUGAACUAGAGGAUGACAGUGGCCAUUCUGAUAAACGUGCGCCUGGGUGGGGUAAAAGGGCACCUGGAUGGGGUAAAAGGAGUUAUACGUUUGAAGUAGAUGCUGAUAAUGAGGAUGUCGACAAACGUGCCCCCGGCUGGGGUAAGAGGGCCCCUGGAUGGGGCAAGAGGAAUUAUGAGUUUGAUGUAGAUUAUGAAAAUGAAGAUUUUGACAAACGUGCACCUGGCUGGGGUAAACGCGCACCUGGGUGGGGCAAGAGAAGCUUUAGGAUUCAGAGUGGAGACGGAAGUCUUCUUUCAGAGAACAGGGCUUCCAACUGGGAAGAAAAACGGGCUUUCGGCAAAAGCAAAAAAGCACCUGGAUGGGGUAAAAGAUCAGUACGUGAAAUCUGCCAAGAGUUUCAAGGACUACAGCGAGAUUACAUUGACAAG